CUUGUUUUGACAAAUUGAACACGUUGCACUGGUAAUCCUUCUCGAUCGGGAUAGGGAUGCAUGCUGAAAAUAUUGUUGAAAGAUGUUACAUGACAUAUGAUAUUUAAUUUUUAUUUUUUAUUUUUUACAUGUUCUACGUAUUUAGAUUUUAAGUCCAUAUAUGAACAACUCAUUUUUUAAAGAAGUUUUUUUAAACGUGUAUAUAAAAAAUCGGGAUCGAUAUACUCUGUUAAAGUGAAAGUAACUUAUGGCCGCGAGGAUACGAAGUUUUGGAGUCUUAUCCUUGGAUUUAUUGAAAUUCUAUAUUUCCUUUUUGACGCAAGAAAUUGUAACUUUAAAAAAAAGGCAUUUAAAGGAAAAACCCGCUAACAAAUGGAUAUGUGAAACCAUAACUUCAACAAGAUGUACAUUACAUUCAUGAACUUACUGAAGUCAGUGUUGAUAAAAUACAAAGGACUACCGUUCCAUUCAUCAUGAUAGAACAAGGACAAACUGUUUACAUUAUGUGGACUGUAUUUGUACCAUCUCACAUUUUAAACAAAUCGUCAUGUCAUCUCUUUGGAAAAGUUAUAGAAGAAAACAGCUUUGUCCUCAUUUCAGACAUCUUUAACAAUGUAAAAGGAUGUGAAAAGUCAAUAGGUAUAUUCAGUCAGUUGGAUGAAACUGAGUUAAAAACAGAUGAAGAAGGAACACAUAAACCAACAAAAGAUCUUUUCAUUGAUCUGCAUUGUAAUCGUGAUGGGAAUAUCACUUGUAAAGUGACUGAAAACUUUGAGACUCUAAAUUGCAACCUUGUGAUUUUUGAUGCAGAACAAUUUUCUGAUUCUUACUUUAUGAGUUGGGAUAGUUUGUCAACAGUUAGUGGAAAUGUAGUAAACAUUUUAUCAAAAGAAAUUCAAAGUAGUAGACCUACUGUAAGAAAACCUCUGAUCCAUCAACUGCAGAUGCUGUGUCUGUUUUGCUUUCAAAUUGUUGGGUUUUUACUGGAUAACAGGUAAAUGAUAAUACAUUUUAUGGUGUC